UUUUGGUUUCCUCCGCCGAUCGAUCGAUAGAGAAAAAGCAGCCCACGGCUUCCUUUACCUCUCGCCAUCCGCGGAUCUAAGCUUCGAUCUCUCCGACUGCUCCUCCGAUGGCCUCGUCCUCCAACGAUUUCUCCACCGCCGAUGGCGCUGUCAUGAGGAAAAAGAGAGGGCCACAGUUCAAGUUCCUAGUUCCUCUCGUAUACGCUCCCGUUCUUCCUCUCAUUCGAAUUGGUCUGAGGCACAAUCCUGUGUUGCGGGAUAGGGUGUUCUUCGGCGCCCUGGCUGUUGCCUUCGCUCAUGGAGCAUAUUUGGUGAGUGAUUUGUACGACAUAGAAAGCAAGUGACCUGCACAAGCUGUUCAUUGGAAAAAGUUAACAAGUUUUUUGAAAUGUCUAUCUUUUGAUGUUAGGCAAGCAUUGGCCUUCGAGUUCAACAGACCUGAGUUGUACUUUGAUAAAUCUGUUUUUUUUUUUUUAUGAAUUGUCUGGUCCGUAAUGUUUAUUUUCCAUCAAAUGCAAUUUCUAUUGUUUGUUCUGAAUAAUUGAUAUUAUAUGUCUGUGCAUUGUCA